CUGUCGGUGCUCACCCGCAGUGCUGUGCCUGCCCCUGUCCACCCCCACCUGGCCUGGCUCUACCAGGCUCCAGGGGCUGGUGGCAUGGCCUCACGGGCCCCCAGCCCCAGCCGCUCCUCUGCCCUCAAGCCUGCAGAGGCACCUGUGGGGCCAAGUAGGAGCAGUGGAGGUGCCAGCCCUCCAUUCAAGCAAGGCCAGCAAGAGCCCAUCUCACCAGGGUCUUCUCAGGCUGGGAGACAACGUAAGAAAGCUGUACCCCAGGGAGAGACAGGCUUCGAAAGGAACUGCAAAACUAAGGAAAACAGACCUCCCAGAAGGAAACUCUUGUAUGGGCUGACAAAUACAGUGAGGCUACGGCUGCAGCAGACCAACCCUGAUAAGCUGAUAAUUCAUGAAAGGAGAGAGCAGUACAGAAAAAAGCAAAUGGAGAUGCUGAAGGAGAGAAGCCCUUUAUCCAAAAGAAAGCUGCUCAGAAAUGCUGGAAAACAGGAUGUGGUUCCUUACAAGCUUUGUAGUAAGGGAGACAGUUCAAAGCAGAAUAAUCAGUUUGAUAAAACUGUUGAGACUCCAUUAAAAACCAGUGCUCUCUCAGAGUACAUUUCUGUGACAGGAGAUGUGAUUCCUGACCUGCAGAAACAAGCUACUGGAAGUCUGAUGAAUGAUGAAACUGUAAGCAAGGAACAUCCAUGCAAAGUAACUUCAGCCCUCUUGGUAGAUGAACCUGUGUUAAAAUCUGCACACAAGGAAAAGUAUGCAAAAGCCGAGCUCCCAGCAGCUUCCCUAUCAGACGCCAAUGCAAAGGGAAGUAAUGAGGAAGCAAUGCACUUGAUCCAUCAUAAAACCAUGGAGCAUGAUGAUACGUCUGUUGUAAGUGAUCACAAACCAAGCCCCAGCAGGAGUGUUGAAACCAACUCUGAAUUUAUCUACUCAGAUGACUUCGUUGCUAGUCCUGAGAGCACAGUUUAUUCAGAAGAUUUCACCAGUGCUGAGUGUACGGGCAGAGACUCAGAAGCUCUUGAGACCAGUCCUGAACCUCUGUGGCUUAAAAGCCCAAAGCGAGGUUGGUCAGAUUCAGAGCCAGAAUCUAGCAGGUCCAGAAUUUCAAAGACAAGUCAAAGAGCUGAAAGUACUUCAGAUCUUCUGCCAGUUCCUUCAGCUGCAUCUCCAGUCCAGUCUUUGAAGAGAAACCAUGACUUAAAAACCAGCAAGCGAACUAGUGGUGAAUCUGUUGAUUCACUUAAUGAUGCGUUCAUUCGGGCAAGGUUUUUAGAUGAAGAGCAGGAAGCCCAGCAGAUCAGUAUGGAAGAGAACUGGGGUGAUCAGCAUAUUAAACAAAUACCUACACUGAGAAGCAAACAACUUAGCUCCGAUACUGAUCUGAAUAUAGGAAAGGGGCAGACCUCUGCAGAAAAAAGCCAGUCAGUAGCACAAGUGAGCUCUUGCUUGCCAUCUAACAUGCCUGGUCUUGAACUUAGUGUCCUGGAAAACAGUGUAUCAGACAAAGAGGAUGAUUUUCUGGGAAAACUAUGUAUUCCUAAUCAAUACAGAGACAUCAGUGAACUUGUAAUAAACAAACUUCCAGGAUACACAAUGUAA